CCCAUGGCAGGGGUGGGGCUCAGUGAUCUUUAAGGUCCCCUCCAACCCAACCAUUCUGUGUUUCUUUGAUGUGACUCUAUAGGACAUAAAAAUGGAAGAUAAAUGCUGGCUGUUUCGAUGCUGGUUUUUUCUUUGCUAGAUGCAUGCUGGGUAGAGAGCCUGCAUCCUACUGGGUCCUUUCCAGUCUCACAGCAAAGAAGAAUUUUUGUCUAUGGCUCUUACAAAAAAUAACUUGAAACAGCUGGUGAACAUCUCUUAUUAGUUGUAACAUGGCAUGGUUACUGCUGACUUGAGCGUUGCAUGCACUACCCAGGGAGCUAUCACAUGGGCAUGGUCAGUGUUUGAUGACCAGCUGGCGUUUCCCACUGCUGAGGCUGGCUGUAUGCUGGCAGCAUGGGGCAGGGUGUGGAUCCCACCUGAAGGGUUUGUGAAUGCACUUAAUGACUGUCACGGGGAUAACGGGAAAUCAGCAUCUGCGUGUUUGCUGUGGUCUUCCUUGCAGCCACAGCAGCUGUUCCAUUUUCUCAUAAGUAGGCUGUUGCAUACAAUUAGAUCAUCUAUGAUUUUGUUUCCCGUAUGUUCAAGCAAUUGAUCCCAUUACCUCAUAGCCCUGUACUUAAUUUCCUAGCUUUUAUUACAGACACAAUCAAAAGAAAUGGAAUCUUACUUCACUGCUUUCAGUUCUUGGCUGCAUUGGAUCUUUGUGCUGCUGGAUUCUGUCCUGCCUCGGAAGAUCUCUACAGAGCUCAGUGCCCCUUCUGCUGAUCCUCGUGCCUCUUGGGAGCAGGGUGUAGUUUGCAAGUGCUUAAUGAACAAGAGAGAGAAAAAUGUCUUGCUCUCUGGAAAAGGGCUGUGCUGAGCACUUCGAUGCCAUAGAGCUGUCAGAAACAGGGUUUGAAUGCUGCUCUUUCGUGAAUGCGAACAGCUCUCUAGGGAGCUGUUGGUACUAACGCACAUCUCAGCAUGUGCCUCUUGUUUCUAGUGAAGAACUGACUGUAGAUGGAAGUGGAAAGCAUCACCCUUGGCUGGGAAAACUGAACUGUUAAAAAAAACAUGUAAUAAAGAAACAACACUGAGAUGUCGGCGCUCACCGCAAUGUUGUGUAACCCAAGGAUGCUAUGAGCUGCUGCUGUCUCCAAGGGCUGUCCUGGGGCAGGAGGGGCAAAUGAGGAGAGUGCAGUGGGAUCCACCGUGCUCGUGCCUUACCAUAUGGGGGAGGCAGCUGGGAGCACUAUGGAGCUGUGUAAGAUCCUCAGUUAUGUCCCUGCCAUUCUGCUCUCAGAUAAACCAAGGGGGAUGCUUCUGCUGUCUGUCAGUUAUUGUCACUCCUUUCUGAGCCUUUCUGAAGCUGAAUUUAAACUUGCAACAUGCAUUCUGAGGCUGUCUGCAUCUCCCCAUUUGUUAGCCUGGAGCUAUCUGUGAGCUUGAGCUCCUGGGCCCUCACGCUUUCUUUGCUGCAAAAAAAACAGAAGCCUUCUCUUGGGUGGUGCUCGCAGUUGCUCUUUCUGAGGUACCCAUUAGCGAGCAUGAACAAGGUGCAUCCGUUUUGCCAUAUGUGGCUGGUACUUACCAGUGUUGGUCUGGCUCUGGUUGCCAGGCUUAGCCUGGGACAGCAAAAUGUUGUCACCUCUGGAGUUAAUGCCUCAAACAAACACAACCCUACCUUUGAAUGCUGUCUUUUUGUUUGUUUUCUUAACUAGAUCCUCAGUUGCUCUUGGGUGUAAUUUAUGUGGCCCCGUGGGCUUUCAGGAGUUGCUUUUUAGCAUUUCUAUUAGUCAUUAUUGUAACAGGAAAUGUCAUCUUCAAAUACGUAUUUUACCAUGUCCAGAACCUAAUAAGUCUUCCUCCUACACAGCGUUUUUUUAAUUGUUUUUUAAAUCCUUGCAUGUAUUGAUGCAAACUUGUACCUGUAUGCAUUUUUUAGCUGCUGGUUGAUUCUAAUUGCUGUCAGCACAAACUUCAGCCUGAUGAUGUGUGCAGUUCACAAGAGCUCCCACCUUUCCUCUGGGGGUAGCGAAAGAUGGAGGGAUCCUUCUAAGCAAGUUCUUUUUUUGCCUGUGUAACCACGUCUUGUCUUUUGCUGUUCUUUGCUGACAAACUUGGUGAAAAAGGGGCUUAGGAGGCAGAGAGAUAAAUCUGAUGCCCUUUUUGCCCUUCUUCUGCUCUUUUAUCCUGCUCAACUGUUCACGAUUCCUAUGUUGGGUGGGAUCAACUUUGCCUAAAAUUUGGUUCCUUGCUUUCUAUCAAAAGAGCUUGCUGUGACAUGGGUGUCUAUCUGCAGCAAGCACUCCUGCCAUCACUUCAAAACCCUCGUUAACCCUGUGUAUGGUCUGAGCGGUAGGAAGCCAGCAGAAGGCAGGGCCUGCAGGUGUCGCCAUGUGCCACGUGGAUGUGCUCCCACUUGGCACUGCUUACCAGGUGGGCUCUGAAGGUGGCCACAGGUGAAACAGUGUGAGAGCAGGCAGCAAUGGCAGAGAGUGUCUGGAAGGAAGAAGUCUCUGAAAGUGUGCUCAGCACUGAAAUGGAUUCUUUGAUGGUAAAAAUAACCUUCGUCUUUAGUUUGCCACAACAUGUGGUGUGAGAGAGCUCUUGAUCUGAAUAGAGAAGAUGCAGCAGGCAACAGGGCUUUCAUCAGCUUACCCACAAAUUACAAAACUAUAUGUGCGUUUUUGUGAAAAUAGGAAGCAGUGGGUCAGUGGCAAACACAUCUGUAACAUUUAAGGGAUCUAGCUCAUGUGCCUACAAUCCCACCAAGAUGAGAUGUCUGCAUUGAACUUAAUCAGUGUCAGAAAAAGGAGCAUAGGAGUCAGCCUGGAGGGGGAAGACACCUCAAACACCUGAGCAUCCACCUGGGGGAAAGGUCAAAAUUGCCUGAUUUGAAGAGAGAGUUCAGGAAGGAGGAAGCUCUCAGCUUUGCCCCUUGUAUUUUUACAGAAGUUCAAGGGCCUCAGAGGACAUUAAAGAAAUGAGGACUCCAUGGCAUCUGUAUCUGUUUUGCAGCGAGUCGCAGGGAUGGUGUCCUCAGCGCUCUGGGAGGGAGUGUUGAAUAGGCUUGAACUGAGGGAAGUGAAUUUAAUUGCUUUUAUUUUUUGUGUCAAAGAGCUAAAGUACAAGACCCUAGAGGUUGCUGAAAUGGUUCGUGCUGUGGAUUCCCUUUUCAGCAAGGGGCUGCGGUGAACGUUCUCAAAAAGCAGCGGGGCGGCUGGUGGUGCACAUCUGACUGAUUGGUGUGGUUGGAGGCACAGCUCAGCCCUUGCUUUGGAGAAACUGGUGUGCAUGUAUUGUUAGAGCGUGCUAACCUUGAACUCCAGAUUUUGAUGUUCAAGAUCAAAACCUUUGUGUUGGGGCUGCUUUCUUCAGCCACAUAAGAGACAAAAAUUCCGUUUGUUCUUGCACUAAACAUUUCAUUUUUUUAAACACUACCCUCCUACAAAUGCAUUCACUUCAUUAUGUCUGUGAAACGGAAGAGCAAAUAGCUAUGGACAGUCUUUUGUGUAAAUUUAUGGGAAAUUUGUGGGAAAACUCCUUGCCAUACUUAAUCUGCAGCCAAUGAAGACUUAAUUAUAUUGAGAAAUGGAGAUGCUCUCUCUCCUCAUGGUUUGGUAGUGAGCCUUUAAAAGUUCUGGUCCCUGCAGUGUGCCUGAACUCUGAAUCCUUCUUUGAAAGGCAAGGAAGUUCCACCAAGAUGAGUAGUGCAGUGUCUGAUCAGUCACCCAGCCAGGUGAGGUCCUGCUGCAGCACUCACCGUUGUUCAGAGAAGACUGAAAAGCAACAAGAAUUGCCCUCUCUAGUAUUGCUGCAAGUUGUAAGAGGACAGCAGACAGCAGUAAGUAAUUUGUCCUUUGCAAAAUGAAGCAGUCUGGAGUGCCUGCUGCUGUGCUUGAUAUAAGAUCUUCAUAUUUCUGCUAAGGGGAAAACUCAGCUCUGCCUCUCACCUCUCAUGCAGGAUGCCAGAAGCAGAAGAGUCUGUUAUUCCCCCUGCUUGUGGUGCAGGACACCGCAGUGGAAAAGCAGCUGCCUCUGCCUGAGUGGGCUGCUGGAAAGGGUGGCUGGCUGAUUACUCAGCCCCUGCCUGACAGCACUGUGCUGCUCUGUACACCUCCUUCCUGGGGCUGGUGCUGUGUGAGUGCAGCCUGCCAUUAGCUCUGUCCAGCUGCAUGUGCGUGCUGCUGCAGCGUGGGAGGAGCAGGCGGGUGCCCUGAACUUGCAGCCGAGGGCGGAAGCUUUUGGGUUUGCUGUUGCUGCUUGAGGCUUUCAUAGAGUUGCAGCAUCUGAGCUAGGUGAUCGCUGCUGGAGUGAUGAUGCAGGCACACAGAAGCAGAGCUGGGUCUUCCCCCAGGGCUCAGUCUGGGCCAGCCUCGGCAGUUUUUGGCUGCCACAUGGAAGAUCACACAAAGCGCGUCCAGCCCAUCCCACUCCCAGCCAUGCAGCAGAACUUAAACUGUAUGUACCCCCAGAUCUUUUGGGUGGAUGGCUGUGCUGAUGCCAGUACCUCCUGCCAUCCAGCAUCCUCUGUCGCUCCCUUCCCACCACCGGUACCCGAUCGGAGGAAAAAACCAAAGAGCAACAGAGAAAGGAGCAGCGUCGGCUUCCUGGUGAUCUUCUUGCUGAUUCUGCUGGCCCUCACUGGAGUGGGGCUAAGCAUGUUUCAGAUUUUCCACCUGGAGAAGGAACUGGCUGAACUCAGAGAGUCUGUCAGCACUGAACGCAUCCCUCCAGCCCUGGAAAAGCUCAUAGGGCAGGGGAGCAAGCCAGUGAAAAAGGAAGCAAGGAAGGCAGCACACUUAACAGGGAAUCCCACACAGCGGAACCUCCCAUUGGAGUGGGAACCCAUCUCUGGUCAUGCCUUCACCAGUGGCAUUCAGUACCGUGCCCAGGGCCUUGUGAUCAAUGAGACUGGUCUGUACUUUGUGUACUCCAAUGUGCUUUUCCGGGGAAGGCACUGUGACAACGAGGUGCUGACCCACAUUGUCUACAAGAGAAACCCAGCUUCACCAGGCAGCCAUGUGCUGAUGGAGGACAAGCGCAUCAACUACUGUACAAAGGAGAAAAUGUGGGCCCGGAAAAGCUACCUGGGGGCUUUAUUCAAGCUCAGGGAGAGAGACAGUCUGUAUGUCAACGUUUCCAAAAUUGAUCUGGUUAACUUUGAGGAAUCCAAGACAUUCUUUGGGUUAUUUAAGCUUUAAGUGGUGCUGUUGAAAUGUGGCUGGCAGCACCCACACACUGGGACAUGCAGGGCAUGACAGCCACUUGAGAGGCAAUAGUCCUGUGUUGCCAAAACCAAAACAGGGUCUCACUCUUGGAAACCCAUCAAGAAACCACAUUUCAGCCUUCUGAUGAGAAGGCUCAAGCAACAGGUAAAAGCUUGAAACCAGACCUCUGGAAGCACCUGGGCUGUCUGAAGAGAAUCACGCAUUUUCUUCCUCUGAAUAAAACCACCACCCUGAAAUGCAGUGCAUCAAAGACCCUGUUGAAACUCACUACUUGCUCAAGAAGACUCUGCUACCUGAGAAAGUGCCAGGGCCUCAGCAGCACUGGCCCACACAUGCUGUUGUGCCCCCAGUGAGCUCAGGCCAUUUGGGGACAGCUGGCCUGUGUCCAGGAGGCCCUCAGUCUGAACUGUGCUGUGCCACGCCAUGGGUGGUGAUGUGGGAGGGAGCGAAGCUCAGACUGCUUUCCCUGAGCAAUGGUCUGCCCAUCCCACCAGAACACUUGGCACUGUAAAUUGUCUGACAGGCACCCACCUACCAGUUGGCUUGUUAAGCAUGGUAGGUUUGUUUUGUGUUAAAUUAUUGACUGUUCCCUUCCCAGAAAAUAUCCCCACCCCUUUAUUUAACUUGCCUUGCAAGGAGUGUGCUGGAAGUGGCGAUGCUGUGAGGGGUCCUGGCCCUGUGAUCAAAACAAGGUCUUGCUGAAUCCUCCCCAUGCUAUGAUGAUGGGUACAGAAUAAGCGGCCAGCUACCCUUCUCACUGAUAGGACCUGAGCAAACCAGCCCUAGCUGAGUAUGGGAUGCUCUCUCCUGGGCAAAACACAGAUGGUAAAUAAAGGUAUAUUUUUCUAGAAAAUGGCACUGUACUCUCCUUAUGUGGGACAGAAGGCUUUUGCAAUGGCCAAAGCCCAGAACGCCUUUGGUCAGUGGACAGGACCCUGCUCUACCUCUAGCAGUGUGCCAGAAAAUUUUGCUUCCUGCCUGGUGGGGCACUGGGUCCCUGCCACUGAGCUUUCAGGCAAUGAAAAUUGUUGAGAUCUGGGGAUCAGGAAGGUGUGAGGUGGGCAGCUCAAGCUCUGUUUGACCGUCAGAGAGAGGACUGAUCUGGAAAUGCAGGGUUGAGCUCAAGUUGAGAGAAAUACUGAUAGAAAGUUUUGGAGAGCCCCUGUGCUUUGUAAAUAUUGCUCUGGGUGUUAUUUGUGAGCUCUGGUUUGGAUGUGGGUGGCUGGGAGCUCUCCCCUGCAUGCUGGAGAUAGUGGUGUUUGGAGCUGGACACAAGCUUUUCCCCACCUCCAGGUCUUGGCUGGGUCUGGAAGUGUUCUGAGAGCAGCACACUGGUUGCUGAGCACAAGUGCUGCCAUCCCCCGAAGCCACACUUCUCUCUGUGCCUGCCAGCCCCAGCGGCACUUCACAUGGCAGUCUGAGGGGUAAAGAGAGGAAGUCAUACUUAGUGUUAAAUAACAUUUGCUCACUCCAGCACUGGUCCACAAAGCUUCUUCCUUGCAAGAAUUAACCUCAACUUGCCAUGUUGUCACUAGGCAGUACAAAAAGGCUGUGCUGCAUCAUUUUUGCCUGUGGUCCAGGCUUCUUGUAAUUCAAACAGUGGUUCUCCUGCAGCACGUAACGUUUCUUUCCUUUUCUCUGGUGCUGUUCUCUGCUCUGUGGUGUGUGGCCUGUGGUUGUUUGCUUUGUGUUAACAUGUUUCUUCGAAACCCAGGAGUGGACAGGCCAUUGGUGCAGCCAGGUGAGGUGAACACUAUCUCUCUGCUCACACAACUGGCCCUGCUGCAUGUGGAGCUUUCCAUUGCAUUUCUCAGGAAGGAAAGUGCCUCUAAAAGUCAAUGGUUAGGAAUCUUUUUUUCCUUAGCUGAUGCUUUCCCACUGCACCCGUCUCCUGCUAUCAGAGGGACAAACCACUUAUUGCAGAUAGAGAGGUGUUGGACUGAAUCUUUUAAGGAAAGACUGGAAGCCUUUUCCCUUUCCUGGUUGCUCUUUAUGCUGUGCUGCUUUCUAGACAUCCAUCUGAAGAGUGACUGUGCAUCUCUCUUUAUACAUCUAUAUGCUUUCAGCAAUUUCUGAGCACAUUGUAUGCUUCCUUUCUUUGCUGGUGAUGAACACCUUAGAGAGAUAAAGAGCAUUCAGCACCUAAAGGAAACUGAUGCUGAGUUUAUGCGCUCUGCUAAUGCUGUAUUAGUGAAGGGUUGAAAAGCUCCCAAAGCUUUGUAUAAAUCAGCACAAGACAGCUCAGCCAUGAACCUGAACUCUGGGGCAGGAUGUGGCAGUUGCUCUCACUGCACAUCAGGAGGGGACAAGAAUCUGUUAACAUUUUUAUCUGAUGUGCUGACAGGAAUGCAGAUCUGCAAGUCUCAGAGAUAGUGGUGUGGUGAGGUGGAUGGUAUUGUAGAUCGAGCUGGGAUCUCAAAGUGGACAGAGCUGCCUUUCCUUGUGGGACAAAGCUAUGAAUUGUUAGCCUUGCUCCUGAGUCAGAGAGCAGCUGCUACUGCGUUGAGUCAGCAGCACAGAUGCCAGCAACACGCGUGCUUCUGCCUUGCGAUCCUGUUCUCAAACAUCGCUUCAACCUGAAUGUAGAAAAUCCACUGCUGAGCUCAUGGGCUGUGACUGAAGAUUCGAAGUAAGGUUGUGACAGAAGCAUACAAUUUUAAACUGCACAGGGUUGAUUCACAGACUGCUUGUGGGAGCAGCUUUAUUAAAGCCAUCAGUUUAAUUCUCUGUCUAAGAAGCUGUUCACUGAUUGGAGUAUUUGCUUAAUGUUAGCAUUAAAUUCUUUAUAGCUAUUUAAUGAUGGCAUUGUUAAUGCUUUUGUGACUGAGAGAGCGGACACACUCAGAAAGAGUGGUGGUGCAUUGGAAAGGGCUGCUCUUUCUUAGAAGAAAUGUUUCCUGAUAUCCAGCCUGAACCUGCCCUAGCACAACUUGAGGUCGCUCCCUCUCGUCCUGUUGCUUUACCCAGGUGCAGAGACAGACCCCCACCCUGUCACAGCCUCCUUUGAGGCAGUUGUAGAGAGCUGUAAGGUCUCCUCUGAGCCUCCUCCAGACUGAACAAUCCCAGCUGUCUGUGUAAGCCAAGCUCCUCUCUCCUGAUGGAAGAGCUUGGGCCAUAUGUGGAGAUACUGCAGGGCUUGGGCAGUGUUUAAUGGCAGUCUAGGGAACUUCUGCUCUGUAGAGAAUACAGCUGAGAAGUGAUGAGUCCAGAGCAACUCCUGUGAAGCACUUCUGGUCAGCUCCUAGUGCCUGGGGGUCUUCUGUUGUUCACAGUCUUUCUUCCUAGGGGCAAGAAUUUUAUUCCUAUGUAAUCCAGCUCGGAGCUGAUCCAGCAAGUCCAUUGCAGGCACACCAACUCAUGGUUAGCUGAACCCUUUCCAGGCAAUGCCUGCAUGACUGGGGUGUGCAGCUGGCCAAGCCUGCAUGACAUAGAAACACUCAUGCUGCUAUGUGCCGAGCAUAGCAAGCUGCUUGAGGGAGAUGGGCGCUUUCGUGGUUGAUGCAUAUCAGAUGCUGCAUCCUAUUUACCCUGGUGGGGGUAAAUAGUGUUGCUUCUACAGCAGAAGUGCAGGAAGCGAGAGGAGAUUUGGCAAGCUCUGAGAGGCAGAGCCUAAGUGUGAGAGAUAGGAUGAAUAACAAGUGAGGCUGAGGUUGGGUGCUGCUCCUCACAGACCCAUUGAGAUGAGAGGUGGCAUUCUGCCAAGCAGCCUCAACGGUUUCUACUGCAGGCAGUUUUCCCCUUGCGGAGAAAACCACCUUCAGAGAAGCAGAAAAGGCUCCUAAUAGUUAUGGCCAGUGUCUCUCAUAUCCCUCCUAUUGAUGUCACACCUGUGUCUCCUGAUUUUUUUUACUAGCCUGUGGUUACUUGUGAUGCAGAGGAAGGUCACUGGUGCACAGUGAAGGCCUGAAGGACUCUUGUAAUGCAGAAGUGAAAGAAGCCACUGCUGGUCAACAAAUGCAGCAGUGUCAGAGACCUGAAUUGGAGCUCCGACAUGGACUGGCUCUCAGCAGGUUCACCCAGAUAUGAGUCUUGGCUCAGACAUUUGUCAUGGUUUCAUGAUUUUUCAUUAUCGGUAUUCCACAUCAUAACAUCAUGCAA